GCAGGUGGAGAGUUCCCUGCCACACCAGAAGGUUUCCCCCCAGUCUCUGCUGUGCCCGCCGGCCUCCAUCCGAUCAGUCGGCGCGGGCGAGUCUCCUGGGUCUGUCUCUUAUUUACCACGCAUUUCUGAUCUAUUUUCGCUGACGCUGCUGGCGCCGCUGGUGCCGCUGGUGCCGCUGAUGCUGCUUACUCCUCUGGCGCCGCUGACCCGACUUUCGAGGCAUCCAAAAAAGCUGGCGCUGCUGGCCACCUCCACCAGAAUAGUGCCCCGCGCAGCCGCGAGGGCGACUCUCGUCUGUCCGUCCCCUCGGCCCGCCAUUGUAACGAGGUGACUUUUGAGUCGACUCACGAGACAUAGCGCAGCGCAGCGCCGCUCAGAGGGCGACUCUUUUCUGUCCCUCCGCCCGGCCCGCCAUUUCCGCGUUUCCCGCCGUGUCGCUGCUGCUGCUAUUGCUGCUGCUGCUGCUGCUGCUGCUGCUGCUGCUGCUGCUGCUAAGCUGCGGUGCAUGCGGCUCCGCCAGAUGAUCAGCGCCACUGCCCGAUAGCAGGUAGUAACCCUAAUGCGUUGAACGCGGUUAGUCGUUGCGACUAAGCUUUUGAAUCGUUUCUAAAGUAUCCGCGCCGCUGGCCCGAUAGCAGGUAGUAACCCUGAUGCGUUAAUUGCGGUCGGUCGUUGCCCUUGUUCGAGCAGGGGGCUCCGUUAGCGCUAGUCGCCCAGCCCCUAUUUCUGGGGCGCCUCAAAAGUCCCCCUAACUCUCGUAUUUAUGUUCUCCUGUAAGCCGGCCGACGCGUCCGGACCAAUCACAAGGCGCCAUGUAUGCCAUGUCGAGGAUCCUCAACAGCGGCUCUUCCGGCGGGAAACCCGCUAAUGCUGGUGAAGCCGCGGCAGCGGCCCGCGACAACCCCGGGGGGGUUUCCCCCGGCGGCGGGGCCGGCGUUGGGGCUGGCGGAACUGCGGCGAUUCUCAUGGAUUUCCGCGCGCCUUCCGCGGGAGCUCCGCCAGCGUCCGCGCACGACGCGCGCUCCUCGCGCCCCUCUUCCUCCGCUUCCGCCUCGUCCUCCGCCUCCUCUUCCCCGUCCUCCUUCACCCCCCCCUCCGGCCAGCCCUCUAUGUUUUCUGCCAACCCUCCUGCUGCGCCUCCCGGCGGUUCAUCCUACGAGCGCAUUAGACUAGACCUUAUGCCGUCAGCGCGCAACCCGUUUCCGCCUUCCGCGCAUUCCGCAGGAGCGGCGGGGGGAGCAGGCGCGCGCGGGGGGCGCCACACGGCUUCGCUGGACCUGGGCCGGAUGCGGGGGCUGGGAAGCGGAGUAGCAGCAACAGGGGGGGCAGGGGGGGCGGGGGGGGCAGCGGCAGCAGCGGCACUAGGAGGGAAGCCCAACAGUACUGGCAACCUUGGUGGCGAUACGAGGCAUGUAGGGCGUAGCCAAGUGUCGCCCGAGUGGUAUCUAGGGAACGAGGGCGAUACGGUGGUGGUGCUGCCACGUCAGCCGCCGUCGGAUGCGCUGGUGUUUGACGACGCUGCCACGUCAGACAUCCGCGUGGACGUGUUUGCGCGUGACGGGGCGCUGCACGCGUCCGUGGCCAUGCACUCCCAGGUCCUUCGGGAACAAUCCGACUUCUUCUUCUCGGCACUCCCUAGACGCCCAUCCACAACCACCGCUGCCGCUGCUGCUGCCGCCGCCGCCGCUGCUGCUGCUGCUUCUGGCAGCACUCAUAAAAAUGCAGCAGCAGCAGCAGCAGCAGCAGCAGCAGCAGCGGCGGCGGCGGGGUUGGGAGGAGGAGCAGGGAGUGCUGGUCAUUCUCCUCUCCCCCCGUCCCCGUCUCUCUCUCUCAGACCCCCUUGGGAGCAGGAUGGCCUUGGGGGGGGUGUGGGGGGCAGGGGGGCCACCAUAGGCGGUAGAGCCAUGGGCGGAGUAGGAGGAGCAGCGGGAGGAGAAGGAGGAGGGGGAGAAGGAAGGUUCCGUGACAGCUUCGCUCACAACUACCAGCAGCAGCAGCAUCAGUUGCAGCAGCAGCAGCAGCAUCUGCCACAACACCAACUGCGCGCCUCCUUCCAGAACUACCCUCUCACGUCCCCCCCCUCCUCCUCCUCCUCCUCGCCGUCCUCCUCCUCAACCACCUCUACCACCCCCCGCGCUCACCUCACCCCUCCCUCCCAUCUCGGCCGCGUAUCCGUGCGAGUAAGCGACCUAGUCUCCCACCCAGAGGCCUACGUCUUCGCCCUCCGCCUCUUCUACCACGAGCCCACCAUCUCAGAUGAAAUCGUGGCCCUUGGAUCGGUCUGGCGCGUGCUCGACAUGCUCGUCGCCGCCGCAGAUCUCCAAUUCCACGCCGCCACGUCAGCAUGCGUGGAUUUUCUGGAGUCGGUCCCGUGGAGCGAUGAGGAGCAGCUCGGGGUUGUGCGGCUGCUGUCGGUCCUUCAGCUGCCCGACGCCCGCCCGGUUCUGGACCGGCUGCCCGUGAAAAAUAUCCUCGAUGAGGAAUCGGUCACUGCGGCUGUCCGUGUGCUUCUGCAGCGGGGCUUGUCUUCUAACGAAGCGGCUAAUGCUGAGGAUGCUGCUGCGGCAGCGGCGGCCGCAGCAGAGGCUGCUGCUGCUCUUGCCGUCUCGUGCUCCUCCCCUCGCUCCCUCUCCUCUGGCCUGUCCCACGGUUUCAACUACGACGUGCCUCCUGUCUCACCACUCUCCAUGGCCCACCAUCUCCCAUCCACCACUCUAGCAGCAGCCACUGCUGCUUCUGCUGCUGCUGCGGCUGGUGGUGGUGGUGGUGCCAGUGGCUUUUCCUUCUCUCCUCCCCUCCCAAAUCCCCGAGGCUUUCCGCCCACUGCUGCAUCUCACCCCCCCUCCCUCUCCUCCCACUCCUCCCAUUCCCCCUUUCCCUCCUCCUCUUCCUCCUCCGCCCAAGCCCCAUCUGUCCCCAGCAUCUGCCCAGGGGGCGGCAAGCGCGAGUGCAGGGAUGCAGUAACCGCGUUACUGCGAAACGGCAGCGCGCCGAUGCUGAGCAGGCGCGGCAAGAGGGCGUUGCUUAAGCAGGCGUUUGUGGACCUUCUACAGGCGGUGUGGUCGCAGCAGCAGGCGAAAAAGGCUGCCCGCCGCGCUGCCGCCCCGCUAAGAAGAACCAGGUCUCUCAAUCCCGAGUCUGCGCACACCAAGUCAACAGAGUCAAGGAACCGUGAUUUUCCCACUGCUAUCUCCCUCCAUUCUGACCUUCUCAGCAGCAGCAGCAGGGGUGGUGACGUGGCAGGGAGGAGUGGAAGAGCGAGAGGAGGAGAGGACGAGAGAAGGGGGAGCGAGGGGAGAGGGAGGGAGCGGGCAGCUGAUGCGGCUGGUGCGACUCCCCCGCGCCGUGGCUUAACACGCACGCGGUCCCUCUUCCCCCCCCGCUCCCACUCCAACUUUGGGGGAGCAGCAGGCGGAUCAGGAACAGGGGGAGGGGGAGGAGGAGGAGGGGGGGGGAAGAGGGUAGGAGCGGGAGAAGAGGGAAGGGGGGAAGAGAAGGGGAGUGUUGCCGGAGGGAAGGCGGGGAAGCAGAAUUUGGAUGGUGAGGAGAGUACUAUAGACGAGAAAGAUUGGCUCAGCAUGCUUGUUCCCUCUCCGCCUUCGUCCCCCGCAUUGCCUGAUUCGGUAUAUGGCAAAGAUGGCUCGCUGACGUGGCUAGUGGGGCUGAUGCUAGAGCAUGGUAUGGCGGACGAGGUGUUUAAGUGGUUGGCUACUGAUCAUGAGUUUGUGGGUGAGGUGCUGCAGUGGUGCCGGCAGCAGCAGCAGUGGAGGGAGGUUCGGGCCGAGGCUCGGCGAGUGGUGCGGCGGCUUGAGGCGAAGAGGAAUAGGGAGAAGGAGAAAGAGGAGAUGGAAAGGGCGAAGAUGCGGGAGGAGAAGAAGGGAGGGAGAGGUGGGGUUGGUUUUGCAGAAAGCAGGGAUGAUGGGAUGGAGGGUAAGGUUGGGGGAGCGGGAAAUACCAUUGGAAACAAACUUGGUGCGAUUGGUUCAGAUGGCAAAAAGCGUGAGGGGCAGGAGGAGGAGCAGCAGCAGCAUCAGGGGCGGAGGCGCCAGCAGCAGCAGAGCAAGUCAGGGUCAAGCUCACAGACGAAGCCGAACUCAGAGUCUCGUUCGGAGCUAGCGGGAAAGCCCGGGCCAGCAGAUGCAGAGCUGCACAUAGUGCAGGUGGCGGUGCUGGGCACGAUGGGCGCGCUCGUGGCCAAGCGCCUGGUGGUGAACCCUGAUCUGCGCGCCUCCUUUGCGCGCCUCUGGCUACGUGUCAUGGCUGUGGCCUGCCACACCGUGCCCAACCCUAACGCCGUGAAACCCCCGCGAAACCCGCACGCCCCUUGGUGCGCGGCGUCCUUCUCCUCUUCCUCCUCUUCUUUCGCUUCCCCCGCCCACACUAAUUCCGGCUCCUUUGCGCAGCUCCCCCCUCCUCUGUCUGCCACAGCCUCUUCUGCCGCCCACAUGUCCGUCGCUCUCUCUGCCUCCGCCGCUGCAUCCGCGUCUGCUUCCCCCCUCAACUCUCUCAGUGACUGGAACUCCCUCUCUGUCACGGCGACCGCGGCUGCCAUCACUCGCUCUGGCAGCGGCGGCAUGGCUUCCUCUCCUGCUCUUGCCUCUGUGUCUGCAGGAUCUGCACUAGGGGAAGCAGCAGCAGUGGGGGAGGGUGUUCUUCCGAUGCCUCUUUUGGACAUCUCUUCGUCGCCUGCUUCUGUUGCCGUGGCAAGAGCUGCUGCUGCAGCCUCGCUGCGCUCGCCUUCCGCUCAACCUGCAGCACCACCCUCCACCCCUUCCACGGCAGGAGCAGGCAUUGAACUCGCAUCAGGGGCAGCAGCAGCAGCAGCGGCGGCCCCUGCAGGAGCAGCAGCAGCGGCGGCCCCUGCAGGAGCAGCAGCAGUGGCUCUUCACGCGUCCCCGUCGCUCCUCGCGCCGUCCCCUUCUGCCGCCGCGACCCCCGGCUCGUUCCCAACGGCAGAUCCGGGGUUCCGCAUGUGCGGUGUGGAGAUCGACUCGGAGGAGCGCGCCAUCAUCCUCUUUGGAUUCAACGAGCUCGUGCUCACCAUGCCCGCGGCUGAGCAGCAGCAGCUGUAUGGUAUGUGGAGCCGCAUGCAUGGGGCAGGCUCGGGAGGGGGUGGGGGUGGGGGUGGGGGAGGGGGAGGGGGAGGAAGAGGAGUGGGUAGAGGGGGAGGAGGAGGAAGAGGAGCAGCAGCAGCAGGUGGGGGGAUAUAUGGGCGUUUGAAAGGCGGCUCCGGAGGAGGGGGGAGUGGUGCCGGUUUUGCAGGGUUGGGCGGGGGAGAUGGUGGCUUGUGGGAGGGAAGGCGUUGCAAGGAGUGUGGGGGAGUGGGGGAGGAGGACGAGGAGGAAGGGACGUGGUUUUCCUUGUCAGGGGCGUAUAAGAAGUGGCUCACGCGCCUGGGCCUGCCGUUUUCGUCCAAGGAUUAUAACACCGAAUUCUAAUGCUGUGGCGUGGGUGCUCCUCUCAGUGUUGCUCCUACAACUGCAUCUGUAGUAGCAGCCACAGAUUCUCGUCUUCCGAUGGAUAGCCAAUGCACAGGCUGCAGUGCUGCUUUUAUGAGACAGGGCUUGUGUUGUGUUAUGGAUGUCUGCUUGACAAGUGGCUAGAAGAAGUUUGGGAAUGGGGGAGGGGGAGGGGUGAAUGUUGGGCAAGGGGAUUCAUUGUCUAGGCAGGAAGGAAGUUAUUUUUUUUUUAGAUUAUGUGGAAGACUGAUUCAUUUGAUAAGUAU